AAGAGAGAGAGAGGAGAAGAACCACACGUUUACCAGUUCUCUGAAACUUGACUUCUCUAUAGGUGAAACAAUGUCUCCAUCAGAGAACUAGAACGUCAUUCUGUUCUAGUUCUGUGUUCUACAGUACAGACACAGGUUCUUUUAGAACCCUGGCAUUUCUUCUAGAAGGUUUGUCAUUAGAAUUCUUACAGUUGACCACAGACAUCUUAUGUGAUUACUAGCUAAAAACCAUUCUGAGCGGAUGAAUCUACAAAUGGUUUGUUUUUCUAUUUGACCAUAUUUUCCUGAGUUAUUCGAUCCCAGUUCUCCUUUGCCAAGAUAAGAUCAUUUUCAGGGACGUUGCUCAGAACCCGAAUGUAACGCCCGUUCUAGAUCUGUAGUGGACCUGACCGAUCCGUGUAGGAAGUUCUGAUGAACCGACUGCUGCUGUUGUUGUGACGUCUCCUGUGUUCGACCUCGUCUCAACGAUCUCUACCGGCUCUCUACUCGUCUUUUCUCCGUGAAGAGAAACCGGCUGCUGUUUCUGGUUGGCUGGUCUGUGGCACUGAGAUUGAGGUGAAGUCACUGCCCUUUUCACUAACCGCCGAGUGAAACCGUGUGGAUUGUUUCACAACUCUCUGGGCUGUUCAGAGACGGAGAGCAUAGAGAAGUCUACUGGGACUGUCAAUCAAUACAUCCGUCAAUCAAACAAUAGACGUAUUGAUCUGUCCAGUGACCGACCUACAUUGUUCAGUGUGUCCUCUGUGGACCUCCGUCCAUCCAGACUCGCCCUCUCUCCCACCCCUUCUUGCCCGGGGAAAAAGUGAGGUUGAGUGGGAUGGCUGAGGGGCAUGCUGGGCAAUACCCCCAGGUGUUCGUGGUGGACAGCCAGGCGAGCUACACCCCCUUGCCCAGCUGGAGGCACCUUAGGUGGGGAGGGAUCGGCCCGAGAGCCCUUCAGCUCCUGGUGGGUCUUGCGGUGGUCGGGAUCGUCAUGGAAGCCGGCUUCAUCGUGCACUUGUACAACAGGACAGGGGCCCUGAUCAAUGUUCAAUCCUUUAUCCAGAGGAGUGGCUCAGCUCAGGGUCUGACUGGAUCUGAAGAGACCAAUGAGAUUUUAGUCAAGCCUACGAGGAGGAAAGUCCCACCUGAGAUCCAACGGAAACCCUCAGCACACUUGAUAGGCUCCUCCCAGCCAGUGGGUGAGGAUAGUGUCGUUCAGUGGGAAUCAGACAAGGGCCUGUCUGCCUUCACAGAUCAGAUGGACUACAAAGAUGGCCACCUGGUAGCACAGAGGAAAGGGCACUACUAUGUCUACUCCAAAGUGCACUUCGUUGAAGACUGCUUUCUGUUCAAACACAAGGUGAUGAGGAUCACCGAGGGUUACAAAAACAAACCACUUGUGUUGAUGAAAGCUAACAGGUUCCAUUGUCCUUCCCAGGAUUCCAGACCGAAAAAGAUUUCUCAUCAGAAUCUUCUGAACAGCUACCUGGGCGGAGUCUUUCGUCUGUUGCCUGGAGACAUCAUCUAUGCAACCGUGGACAACGGAACGCUACUGAGACUUGGAGCUGAAGAUAAUUUCAUGGGGGCAUUCAUGAUUUAGGAGACGGUGUGUAUUGACACACACACACACAUACAUUUGUCAAUCAGAUUUGUGUGUCAGUUAUAUUAUUUGAAUGUAUAGAUUGGCUUUUUAAAGGUAUUUUAACCUUGAGACAACAUCUGCAGCUAUUACCGUGAAUGCAAUCUCGGCCAAUGGUGGGGAAAAUGCCUUUUAAACAUCCAUUGUCGGCUGUCUAGUGUGGUGUUUCUCAAUCCUGGUCCUGGGGACCCAAAAGGGUACAAAAACCUGCUGAGGAGUUGAUUACUUGAACUGUGGGAGUACUACAAUCAACAGCACCAGGACUGAGAACCAUUGGACUGGUACUACAAUCAACAGCACCAACGACCAGGACUGAGAUACACUGGGCUGGUACUACAAUCAACAGCACCAGGACUGAGAACCACUGGACUGGUACUACAAUCAACAGCACCAGGACUGAAAAACACUGGGUUGGUGCUACAAUCAACAGCACCAACGACCAGGACUGAGAAACACUGGGCUGGUACUACAAUCAACAGCACCAGGACUGAGAAACACUGGACUGGUACUACAAUCAACAGCACCACGACCAGGACUGAGAAACACUGGACUGGUGCUACAAUCAACAGCACCAGGACUGAGAAACACUGGGCUGGUGCUACAAUCAACAGCACCACGACCAGGACUGAGAACCACUGGACUGGUACUACAAUCAACAGCACCAGGACCAGGACUGAGAAACACUGGACUGGUACUACAAUCAACAGCACCACGACCAGGACUGAGAAACACUGGACUAGUGCUACAAUCAACAGCACCAGGACUGAGAAACACUGGGUUGGUGCUACAAACAACAGCACCAGGACUGAGAAACACUGGACUGGUGCUACAAACAACAGCACCAACGACCAGGACUGAGAAACACUGGACUAGUGCUAAAAUCAACAGCACCAGGACUGAGAAACACUGGACUGGUGCUACAAACAACAGCACCAGGACUGAGAAACACUGGACUGGUGCUACAAACAACAGCACCAACGACCAGGACUGAGAAACACUGGACUGGUGCUACAAACAACAGCACCAACGACCAGGACUGAGAAACACUGGACUGGUGCUACAAACAACAGCACCAACGACCAGGACUGAGAAACACUGGACUGGUGCUACAAACAACAGCACCAGGACUGAGAAACACUGGACUGGUACUACAAACAACAGCACCAGGACUGAGAAACACUGGACUGGUGCUACAAUCAACAGCACCAGGACUGAGAAACACUGGACUGGUACUACAAUCAACAGCACCAUGACCAGGACUGAGAAACACUGGACUGGUGCUACAAUCAACAGCACCAGGACUAAGAAACACUGGACUGGUGCUACAAUCAACAGCACCAACGACCAGGACUGAGAAACACUGGGCUGGUACUACAAUCAACAGCACCACGACCAGGACUGAGAAACACUGGGCUGGUGCACAAACAACAGCACCACGACCAGGACUGAGAACCACUGGACUGGUGCUACAAACAACAGCACCAGGACUGAGAAACACUGGACUGGUGCUACAAUCAACAGCACCAACGACCAGGACUGAGAAACACUGGGCUGGUGCUACAAUCAACAGCACCAGGACUGAGAAACACUGGACUGGUGCUACAAUCAACAGCACCAGGACUGAGAAACACUGGACUGGUGCUACAAUCAACAGCACCAGGACUGAGAAACACUGGACUGGUGCUAAAAACAACAGCACCAGGACUGAGAAACACUGGACUGGUGCUACAAUCAACAGCACCACGACCAGGACUGAGAAACACUGGACUGGUGCUACAAUCAACAGCACCAGGACUGAGAAACACUGGACUGGUGCUACAAUCAUCAGCACCAACGACCAGGACUGAGAACCACUGGGCUGGUGCUACAAUCAACAGCACCACGACCAUGACUGAGAAACACUGGACUGGUGCUACAAUCAACAGCACCAACGACCAGGACUGAGAACCACUGGGCUGGUGCUACAAUCAACAGCACCACGACCAGGACUGAGAACCACUGGACUGGUACUACAAUCAACAGCACCACGACCAGGACUGAGAAACACUGGACUGGUGCUACAAUCAACAGCACCACGACCAGGACUGAGAAACACUGGACUGGUGCUACAAUCAACAGCACCAACGACCAGGACUGAGAAAC